AUGAGAUACCAAGAUUGGUGGAUCCUUGCAAUUUGGUGUAUUUUGCUACUAAUUGCCGAAAUAAGUUCGUCAGGUCCGAAGGAGCUCUUGUUGGGAGACAAAUUUCCAAACAAGAGUGAAACAGAAAUUUGUGGCACAAUCCGGGAAGUAAUUCAACGCAAUUCCGGGCGAUUUCGACGAAAUUUAAUCCGAAAUACGAACGAUCAGGUUGAUUAUAUCAAUGAAGAUGCGAGGUGGAUGACAUCGAGAACAAAAGGUAAAUUGGAUGUACUAGCCUCGCUGGUUAUCAGCAAGUGGAAAAAUGGAACAGUUCGUGUGAUCCAAGCCUGGACAGAUCAGGUUGUAGCGUCUGAUCCAACUUCAUUGCAUUACGAAGGUAGGCCUUUAUACAUUUUAUAA